AUGGCGUACGAACACGAGCGGCGUGUCGCAGAGCUCGCCGUGCAGCGAGCAACUCUGCUUACCAAAAAGGUGUUCCACGAGAAAGCCAAGGGUGAGUUGGCCAAGGACGACAAAUCUCCCGUCACCAAGGGCGAUUUUGGCGCUCAGGCCUUGAUCAUCCAGGCCAUUCUGAAAAAUUUCCCUCAGGACCAGAUUGUCGCGGAGGAGGAGUCGAGCUCCCUGCGGCAAGACGCCCCGCUCCGCUCGGAGAUCUGGGAUCUGGUCAAGGACAUCCGGCUGGAGGACAAGGCCAGUGAUGAGCUGCUCGGGGGUCCAUUGCCCAGCGAGGAGGCCAUGCUCGAUAUCAUUGACCAUGGGAACUCAGCCGGUGGAGCGAAGGGACGGAUCUGGGCGUUGGACCCCAUUGACGGCACCAAGGGCUUCCUGAGAGGCGGUCAAUAUGCCGUGUGUCUCGCCUUGAUCGAAGAUGGCGAUGUCAAGGUGGGAGUGAUUGGAUGUCCAAAUCUGCCCGUCGAUGAUUCUGCGUCCCUUACGGCCGACAUUGGCAGCCAGCAGACCGACGGUGCCGGGAAAGGUGUCCUUAUAUCUGCGGUGAAAGGGGAGGGAGCAGUCAGCCGCCCCCUCACCAACGCCGGGCUCGCCCAAAGCAAAGCCAUCUCUAUGCGCCCGGUGCCCGACAUCUCCCAGGCAGUCUUCUGCGAAGGCGUGGAAGCGGCUCACUCAAACCAAGAUGAUAACGCAGCAGUUGCGAAACGUCUUGGUAUCACCUCCCCCAGCGUGCGACUGGACUCGCAGGCGAAGUACUGCUCGAUUGCGCGGGGUGCGGGUGACAUCUAUCUGCGACUGCCAGUCCGGAAAGACUACCAAGAAAAGAUCUGGGACCACGCUGCUGGAGACCUGAUCGUCCGUGAGGCUGGAGGCCAAGUGACCGACAUCUACGGCAAGCGGCUGGAUUUCAGCAAAGGCAGGACCUUAUCUGACAACAAGGGAGUAGUUGCGGCGCCUGCAGCCCUUCAGGAUAAAGUCAUCGACGCAGUCCAGGCAGUUUUGAAUCUGAAAUAG